AAGGGGAAACCGUGUUGCAUCCACUAGGUACAAGAGCUCCUUCGCCUCUCUUAUUCCCUUUUCUUUUCCUUCUUCAAAACCCAAGGAAAAAAAAACCCCUAGAGGAAGAGGAGGUUCUGCGGUGUGAGAACAAUAGAGAGGAAUAUCAACGCGUUUUGGGAAAGAAGGAGAAGAGGACACAGAACGGAGGAGAACCGUGAGCUGUGGGCGUGGAGGGUGAGAACGUGAGGUAUUCGAAGAGUUUUCGAUUUGAGAGGUUGCCAUAAAGACAGGACUUCGGAUCAAGAUAGAUUGUUAGCUCAAGUAGGAGGAAUAAGAUGCCUCCUUACGACUGUAUGUUUCUUUUUAAACCUCAUAUCGCAAAAGAAGCUAUUUUGGAUUUAGUUGUAAGGGUGGGAAAACAUGUGUCUGGAAGAAAUGGGGUUGUCACUGAUGUUAAGAAUCUCGGAACUAUUCAGUUGGGAUAUGGUGUGAAGAAGUUGGAUGGUAGAUAUUAUCAGGGGACGCUGAUGCAAAUGAGCAUGAUGGCUACACCUGAAAUCAACAAAGAGAUGCAUUACCUAAACAAAGAAGACCGGUUAUUGCGUUGGCUUUUGGUCAAACAACGUAACACAAAAUUUGGGCUUGAUGUUUUAGAAGAUGAAGGCAGGUUGGAGUUAAGCAAUUUUUCCCAAAUGAGUAAACUUGAUGAAGAGGAUGAAGAGGAUGAAGAUGAGAUUGAUGACGAUGAGGAGUACCAAUUGGAGGAAGAAGAGACGAAGUAAACUAAAAGACAACUGACUAUGUUGUUUCCUUCCAUAAAAUCAGUUUGCAUUAUAUUUUCAAUGCCAAGUAAAGGAUGAAUGAAUUUAGUUCAUAUUUGAACACUAUGUUUACAGUGUCAAAUAGAUUUAAUUCAUGUUUAUUUAUUGAACACUAUGUUAGUUCAUUUUUAAUGAGGGAUAAUUUAAGAUAUAUGAAUUUUAUGGUAGUGCAAAAAUAAGAAAAGGAGGUGCAGAAAG